AUGCCUGACCCGAAACCUGUUUCAGACCAUCUUCCAACAGAUGAUGGUGGGUACCAAUUGUACAAAGCAGCAGGGAAGUUGAAGGGAAAACGUGCUAUCAUCACUGGUGGAGAUUCCGGGAUUGGACGUGCCAUUGCAAUCCUUUUUGCAAUGGAAGGCGCCUCCAGUUUAAUCGUUUAUCUACCGCAGGAAGAAAAGGAUGCACAGGAGACAAAGAAGAAGGUGGAGGAACAUGGCUGCGAAUGUCAUCUCUUGGCAAUAGACAUUCGCAAAAAGGAGAACUGCAAGACCGUGGUGGAUACUGCUCUUCGGAACUUGGGAGGUAUAGACAUCCUGGUGAACAAUGCGGCUUUCCAGAACAUGGUUCAAGACAUCCAAGAUAUUACCGAGGAACAGUGGGAACGUACCUUUGAUACCAACAUACAUCCUUUUUUCUACCUUGCAAAAUAUACGUUACCCCAUCUCAAGAGUGGUUCGACCAUCAUCAAUUGCUCUUCAGUGAACCAUUACAUCGGUAGAGGGGAUCUCCUCGACUACACCUCCACCAAAGGGGCGAUCGUGGCGUUCACCCGGGGAUUGUCUAACCAACAAAUCCACAAGGGCAUUCGCGUCAACUGCGUUUGUCCUGGUCCCAGUAUGCCGUUAAGAUACGUUGCGGAACUUUGCACAAAUGCUAAUGCUGGUAUUUGCAGUAUGGACUCCACUUAUCCCAUCGACAAUGUUGACACAGGCAAUGGAGCAAUUCAGCGAAAAAAGUGGUUGGACGGUCAAGAAGACAAAAAGCCUGUAUAA